GCCUCCUCCGCCCCCUCCCCGUCCCCGUCCCUCUCCCUUCCCUCCCGGCCCCGCUGCCAGGGGCGAAGCCGCCCGCCGGGCCCCGCGGCUUUUUUUUUCUUGGAUUUUAUUACUGGAAAACUCUCUAAUGACAACUUUGCUUAGGAGCUGAGUGUUGUGACCUGCCUUGCUUCUCCCUGCUCGGUGUGGGAGCAACCUGAGGAAGAUCUUGGAGCCACCUGUACUGCUUCAUGCAGUUAAAUGUUCUGAGGUCAUGAAACUAAAUCCACAGCAAGCUCCAUUGUAUGGUGACUCUGUUAUUACAGUGCAGCUGACUGAGGAAGAUAAAGUUGAAGAUGAUGUAGUUUUUUAUUUGGUCUUCACUGGAUCAACUGUCCAACACUGCACAAGCACGAGAAAGAUUAAUCCUGGGAGUCUGGAGACAAUUUCUCCUGGCCAUGACUGCUGUGAGACAGUGAAAGUGGCACUUUGUGCCUCUAGAGAAGGUCACCCCAUUCUGGUUGUGGCAGAGGAGAGUUUCCAGUUUGUCCAGGAUGAAGCCUAUGAUGCCGCCCAGUUUCUGGCCACCUGUGCUGGCAACCAGCAGGCGCUGAAUUUCACACGGUUCUUGGACAGGUCACGGCCACCAGCUGCAGACGUGGACUUCUUGGAUGAGAAAGUGGCCUUGGCAUUUCGACACCUGAAGCUGCCGGCAGAAUGGAACGUGCUGGGAGCAGACCAGUCCCUGAGCGAGAACAUCCCUCGGGAGACACUGAUGCAUUUUGCGGUCAGGCUGGGUCUGCUGCGCCUGACGUGGUUUCUGCUCCAGCAGCCGGGUGGAAGAGGAGCUCUCAGCAUCCACAACAACGAGGGGGCAACGCCUGUCAGCCUGGCCUUGGAGAGGGGCUACCAGAAGCUGCACCAGCUUUUGACAGAGGAGGGAGCCAGGGAGCCAGAGUCGUGGAGCACCCUGUCUCACACCGUGCACUCGGGGGACUACAGCGUGAAGCACCACCGCGGGCUGGACGUGUACCUGCUGACAGCUGAGGCCACAGAGGGGACAGCAGCCAGCUGGGAGAGGGACAUCCAGCACCUGCAGAUGCACAUGCAGAGCCACCAGCACCAGAGUUUAAGGCAGCAGACAGAGCCUGUACUGGGAGAUUCUGGAGACAGCUGUACUAAAGGAGCAGAGGGUCCUGUGACCACCACCUCUCAGAGCCUAGAAGAAAUGGCAAAAGAAGAAAGGCAGGAAAACCCAUCUGAUCUGGUUCACCUGGACAGCAGGCAGCUCUCAGACCAAGCCCAGCAGGAGGAGAAAUGCAACAGCAGCAGUCUGGGGGCUUUUAAUGAUGCACCAAAAGACAUGGUUAGCCUGGGGGGUGCAAACAGCCCAGCCAGCUUCUGUGAAAGUAAAAACACAGAGAUAUUGUGUAAAAAGGAAGGAGAGGCGGGGCUAAGAUCUGCCAAGGGCUCUGGGACCGUAUCAGAUGAGGACUGCACUGAGAGCUCAUGUGCAAGUGUAAAUGGUGCUGUAAAUCUUCCAUGCUCUGGAAAUACAAAUGAGGAAGCUGGAAUGACAUCGGCUGGAGUUGUUCUGGAUCAGGCUGGCGUGAGCAGCACAGACAGUGCCCAUCAGGAAGUGCAAACUGCAGAGGAGCUUGCUGUCAGUGCUGCUGCUGUGGCUGCAGCUGCAGGUGAAGCCCCAGCUCCCUCGGAGGGCCUGGAUGUGGCCAUGGGCCAGACUGAGUGCAGGAACUGUGCCGGGGCACCUGAGAGGGCUAAGGGCCAGCGGCAGGCAGAGGAUGGGCUGGCAGAGCCUGCUGAGAGGACUGCAAGGCUGGAAGAGAAAUACCCAGCUAAGGAAGAGUCAUCCAGCACUGCUCAGCCCUUGCUCAGUGGUUUCAACGGCGCUGAGUGUUCGGAUGGGGAGGAUGCAGAUGUGGGAGUAGUACCAGCCUGUGACGGUGCAAAUGCAGGUGGUGUCAUUAGCAGUGGCUCUGAUGACCUUUGCAAGACCAGCAGAAACAAAGAGACUGAUGUGGAUUCGUGCACUGCUCGGGUAAAUGGUGACUUCACGGAAGGCCAGGGUGAUGGCAGUGUCACAGCAAGGCAGGAGGUCACUGCAAGCCCUGCAGAUGCACUGCCAGCAGUGAAUGGGGUGCAGGUUCCUGCGUGCACAUCUGACUUGGAAGUCCAUGGCAGCAGUGAGAGUGGGGAGCAAGAAGGGCUGGUGGAAGCAGGCUGCACAGAUGGAAAAUCCACCCUGCCCUCACUGGAAGACAGUGUGGAAACUGAUGGCCCUGAUGCUGAGCCUGCAAACGGAGAUGUUGGUGGAUCUAAUGAAAGUGGUGCAGAAGCCGCACAUUGCCAGGAGAGUGGUGAGAUUGCUGACCAUGGGGCUGCAGCCAUGGAGAGCAGUGAAAAGGAGGCAGUAGGAACUGAUACCAGCAGCUGCAGAGAUGGAGGAAGCAGAGAUUCUGCAGGCGGUGCUCAGGAAGUUGCUGCCUGUGCCCCUUCUGCUGCUCAAGCUGGUGUUAAAGGUGAAAUGGGCAACAGCUUCAAACCAGACAGCGCUCAGCAGGGUGAACGUGAGGAACGUGAGCCUGCAUCGCUCCCUCCAGAGGAUGUGAGCACAGGCCUGGCAGAGAAAGAGCCUGCCCAGGCUGGAGCAGAGAAAGCAGAAAGCACUUCAGAGCAGGAGGGGAGGAGCAAGGUGGAAUCUCCCCUACCCAGAGAGGGGCCAGCUGUGAGUCAGGAGGGAGAUGCUGCAGUGGCACCUCCCGGGCAGGAGGCAUCUCUGCAAGGUAAUGACCCUGGAUCCGCUCCGUGUGCCAAGGGCUCAGACUGUGCCGAGGAUAAUUUAUUGGGCACACCCUCUGCAACUCAUAAUGAGGAAUCUAAACAAAACCAGGAAGCGGUGGCGGCGAGGGCAGGCUCGGCAGAGCUCGCCUGGCAGCACGGUGGGGAGCAUGGCGGGGUAGCUGCCACCUGGCCUGGGGACCAUGCUGGGGACGAGAGCUCCCCUAGGCAGGGCCACUUGCAGCAAGCUGAAGGAGGCAAAGCUGAGCCUGAGCAGGAGGCUCAUGAGCAGGUUUUGUCGGAGGAACUUCUUGCUGCUGUUGUGAAACCCCCCUCCUGCAGUCUGGAGGGGCCUAUGGUGAGCAGCAGCAGUGUGGAUGCUGGGCUGAAAGCGACACACCAACCCAAAGAAGAUUGCAAGGCUGCAGUUGCAGCAGAAGGCACCAUGCAUGGACCUGCAUCAGCAGAUGAGUCACUGGGUGCAGAGAGUGACCCUUGUCCGAAUGCUGGGCUCAACCAAGAACAAGACCCCACUCAAACCCUACCACAGAUCUGCCCCCACAGCAGCACCCCCGAGUUAAAGGACGCCUCAGAGGUGGGAGCCCUGAGUGACACCUGUGAGGGUAAGGAGGUGCCAAGGACAGUGACAAUAGCCCCUGUUGCAGCAUUUGCAGAGCAGCAGGAGGACACGGAGAGCGUGCUGCCCCGCGCAGCGCUCCAGCCCAUCGCAGAGGAGCCCACAUGUGACAGUGACUCCAGCACCGACACCGUCUGUCCGGCUGGGGACAGUGACACUGCCCUGGCAGGGGCUCAGGGCGAGGGCUUGGCUGAGCCCCAUGGAAAGCAAAGCCGAGCUGUACCUGCAGCGCCCUUCUCGCCGUGUUCCUGCCACCUGCAGCCUCUGGAGCCGCUGGAAAAUGCGGGAGUGAAGAGUUUGGUAUCGGCUAACAGUGCCUCGUCUCUGGAUAAAGUUCCUAAAAUGGUGAAAAGUUUUGAUGCAGUGGUUUUUGCAGCAGACACACCUUGUUCCCCCGAAGUACCUGCCGCAGAAAAAGCGGGGCUUGUGGCCCAGACUGCAGUGGAUGCCAGAGCCAGCCUUAAUGGAGAAAUGGAUUGCAGUUCCUCAACAAAGAAGAGGAAUGUCAGCCUGGCAGUGCAAGGAGCUGAGCCUGUUACAGGGAUGUUGGAAAUGAAAACUGAGGACGAGGUGGAUUUUCAGAAACACGGCACAGAGGAAGUGAUAAACCGUGGGAGCUGGUGUCCGCUGGAGCCAUGUCCUGACCCCUCCCUGCUGGAGCGCAAGCGCACGCAGGAGUCUCCAGAAUGUGAGAACUUCUUGGAGGAUGGGCUGAGCAGCGUCUGUGCCUCGUCUCGGGGUGCUCUUAAAAGAGAGUCCGGGAGUGAGUCUGACCUCUUCCCCUUGCCUGGUGAUGGGAUGGAAGACCUUGUCUUUGGGAAGCAGCCUGAAGAGGAGCAGUCUGCCUGCGAUGUCACCAGCUCCAGCUCCUCUGCAGACGACACCGUGUCCCUGGAGAGGAACUCAUCCCUGGGCAGCGACACGUCCCUCCCCUUCCCACCCGUGGGGAGCUUCGCCCAGCCCAAGGACAGGCACAGCCUGGAUGGCAGCUGCACCAACAUGGUGUGCUCAGAGGGAGGAGAGAAGGAAGAGGAGCUGGACAGCAUCACGGACGUGCCCACGCCCUCGUCCGUCCUGCGCGGCUCCAUGCGGCCGCUGUCCCCUUUCCGCCGGCACAGCUGGGGGCCCGGAAAGAAUGCCACCAACGAGGCAGAAAUCAAUCAGAGGAGUUCAAUGCGAAUUCUGGGGGAUGGUAUAAAGAAGCCUCCCAUUCAUAGGAGAAGUUUGAGCUGGUGUCCCUCAGGCGUACAGUACCUUGCCAUGGGUCCUGACUUUACUUGUAGAAGUUACAGCCUAGAAGGCCUUACUGGGGACUCUGGUGAGAGCAAGAAGCCCUCUGCAAACCUGGAGGCUUCUUCCCUGAGCUCCAAAGACCUCAGGAGGAGUCCCCUUGCCAGCAAUCAGUCCCUGGUCCUGCUCACUGAGGAGCUCGAGCAAGGAGAAAUCAGAGACUACAACCACCAGGUGCAUCAGACAUCACAGCCACAAGGAUUUAACUUCUGCACUUCUGCUGCUUCAUCUCCACUGACCAAAUCCAUGUCUCUAAUGUCAAUUAGCAAACCAGUGCUCGACACCCAGGGCCGGACUCGACCAUCGAGACGAAUCUCCUUCUCCUUCAGCAUCUCUCCACUCAUUCCUAAGUCUAAAACUCUCUUUUCUAUUGGCUCUUCUUCCAGUGAUGAGGAGGAGGAGUUGGAUAGUACACAGUCGUUGGGCGGCUCCAUGGGCUCCUCUGUGCAGAGCAUAUCUGAAGAGAGCAGCAGUGUCUCUGCUGGUAAAGGUGUAACAAAAGUCAGCCGCACCUUCAGCUACCUCAGGAAUAAAAUGUCCAGCAGCAAGAAGAGCAAAGAAAAAGAGAAAGAUAAAGAGAAGACUAAAGAGAAGGACAAAGAUUCCAAGGAGAAGGAAAAAGAUAAGAAGCUGUUGAAUGGACAUCUCUUCACUGCAACCUCUGUUGUAGCCCAAGCAACCUGUUACCACUGUAUGAAGCCUUUCAAUAAGGAUUCGUACUACUGUGCAAACUGUAAUGCAAUUGUUCAUAAAGGCUGUAAGGAAAGUUUUGCUUCUUGUGCAAAGGUCAAAAUGAAGCCACAGAGAGGGAUGCUGCAGGCACAUGAUACCUCUUCAUUACCCACAGUAACCAUGAGAAACAAAAGCUCGCAGCCCAAGGAGCGCCCGCGCUCCGCAAUCCUCGCGCCCGACGAGAGCUCCGUCACCUCCAGCUUCUGCAACAGGAGAUCGCAGCAGCCCUCUGCGCUCUCCAAAAGUGUCUCCAUACAGAACAUUGCAGGAGUUGGGAACGAUGACAGCUUAAUACACACUUGGAAAUUCCUGUCGCAGUCAACAGACUCUUUACAUAAAAUCAGCCGGGUUAAUGAAUCCAUGGAGUCACUGGUUGAUGAAGGUGCAGACAUGAAUGAAGGACAGCUCAUGGGAGACCUGGAAUUAGAUUCCAAGCAGCUGGAGGCAGAGUCCUGGAGCCAAGCAGUGGACAGCAAGUUCCUACAGCAGCAACACAAGGAUGUUGUGAAACGGCAAGAUGUGAUUUAUGAGCUAAUGCAGACAGAAAUGCACCACGUCCGCACCCUGAAGAUCAUGAAUGAUGUGUACAGUGCAGCCAUGCUGAAGGAACUGCAGUUUGAGCAGCAAGCAGUGGACAAGCUCUUUCCCUGCCUGGAAAACUUGCUGCACAUCCACAGUCAGUUUUUCCAGCGGAUUCUGGAAAGGAAGAAGGAGUCACUGGCAGACAAAAGUGAAAAGAACUUUGUUAUCAGGAGGAUAGGUGACAUCCUAGUGAAUCAAUUCUCUGGGGAGAACGCUGAGCGGAUGAAGAAAACAUACGGCAAAUUCUGCGGGCACCACAACGAGGCUGUCAAUUACUUCAAAGAUCUUUACACCAAGGACAAGCGCUUUCAGGCAUUUGUCAAGAAAAAAAUGAGCAGCUCCCUGGUGAGGCGCCUUGGGAUUCCUGAAUGUAUCUUGUUGGUUACACAGAGAAUCACAAAGUACCCGGUCCUUUUGCAAAGGAUACUGCAGUACACCAAAGAAAAUGAAGUGGAGCAUGAAGACUUGACUCAGUCGUUAAACCUUGUUAAAGAUGUGAUUGCUGCAGUCAACAGCAAAGUCAGCAAGUAUGAAAAGAAAAAGCGUCUUGGGGAGAUUUACAACCGGACGGACAGCAAGUCCAUCAUGAGGAUGAAGAGUGGCCAGAUGUUUGCAAGAGAGGACUUGACGCAUCGGAAACUCAUCCGAGAUGGGCCUGUUUCACUAAAGAACUCAGCUGGCCGGUUAAAAGAAGUCCAGGCUGUUCUCCUCUCUGACAUGCUCGUGUUCCUUCAGGAGAAGGACCAGAAGUAUGUCUUUGCCUCACUGGACCAGAGAUCCACUGUGAUCUCUCUGAAGAAGCUGAUUGUACGAGAAGUGGCUCAUGAAGAGAAGGGUUUGUUCCUGAUCAGCAUGGUUGGGAAGGAUCCUGAGAUGGUGGAAGUCCAUGCCAGCUCCAAGGAAGAGCGCAACGGCUGGAUACAGAUCAUUCAGGACACAAUGCACACCAUGGAUAGAGAUGAAGAUGAAGGAGUCCCUUGUGAGUCUGAGGUUGAGAAGAAAUUGUCUGAUGCGAAAGUGAGAGGACUGAAAGAACAACUUCAGCAGAAGGACAAACAGAUCCUGCUCUUGCUGGAGGAGAAGACGAAGAUCUUCCAGGACAUGGCAGACUGUUCUGUGCAGGAGGAGACACAAGGCUCCAGGCAGCUCUUCAGAGCCUGCACAGAAGAGGCUCCAAAAGGAGAGGAAAUCAUGAAAUCAGCAAUAAAUGAAGUUGAAGUGCUGCAACACCUGGUGAGCAGGAGCCUGGGCACUGCCCUUGGACAGCAGGUCAGCAGCACUGCCAUGGACCAGGAGGGAGGAGUUGGCCCCAUCUCACUCCCUAGAAGGGCAGAAACUUUUGGAGGAUUUGACAGUCAUCAGAUGAACGCCUCCAAGGCAAAGCAGAAGGGAGGAGUUUCCUCCUGCAGAGAGGUGGAAGGUCCCAGGACGUGGCGCAGGAGAGCAGGUGGAGCGAAAGAUGAAGGCGAUGAUGCUCAGGACCUCCGGAGAACAGAGUCAGACAGCAUUUUAAAGAAGGGUGGAAAUGCUAAUUUGAUGUUCAUGCUGAAAAGGGAUAACGAGCAGGUCCUCCAAACCAUCACCAGCCUCCAUAAGCUGCUCACUGCUUUGCAGGGCGUGGUGCUGCAGCAGGACACCUACAUCGAGGACCAGAAGCUGGCUCUGAGCGAGAGGGCUCCGAGCCGAGGCUCCUCCCGGCCCACCUCGCUGCUGGAGCAGGAGAAGCAGCGCAGCCUGGAGAAGCAGCGCCAGGAGCUGGCCAACCUGAAGAAGCAGCAGACGCAGCACCAGGAGGAGAGGAGGAGGAGGGAGAAGGAGUGGGAAGUGCGUGAGAAGGAGCUGGCGGAGCGCGAGGCCGAGCUGGCGCAGCGCGAGGAGCAGCUGCAGAGACAGAGGCAGGAGCUGGAGCGCGAGCGGGAGGAGCUGCAGGUGAAGAAGGCGGCCUACCAGCUCGACCUGGAGAGGCUGCGCGCCGCCCAGAAGCAGCUGGAGAGGGAGAAGGUGCAGCUGAAGCAGGACGUGGAGAGAUUUGCUCAGAUGCGGCAGGAGCCUGACCACAACCAGGUUUCAAAUCUACAUGAGAAACUUGCCAGAGUCUCCUCCCAGUCCAGCAUUGACGAGUCCUCUAUGCAGAAGAACCCUUCCCUUCCUAAACAAGGGCACUUUGAUGCAGAACUGUCUGUCUCCCCCAAAAGGAACAGUCUUUCAAGGACACACAAAGAGAAAAGCACUUUCCAUUUGCUUAGCACAACAAACCAGACUAACAAGGCAGCUGAGGAGCAGACCCAGAUGCCUACUCGCCUCUUCAGUUUAGCCAAACCAAAGGAGAAGAAGGAAAAGAAGAAGAAGGGCAGGGGACAUCGCUCCCAGCAGUCUGAUUCUCACUCGUCAGAAGCACCUGCAGAGGGUGAGGAGAUCUUCUGCUGAGCAUGGACUGUUCCAGUGGUGGCACUGGCACCGUGGACAUCUCCCUGCCUGUGACACAGCCCAUGGCUGGUGCCUGCACUGGAUGAGCAUCUGGAGGUUUUAAACAAAGAAAACAGUUCUGAAGUCUGCUAAGUGGUGGAUAAGGGCCUCUCUCCUGUGGUUCUAGGUGAAUUCUCCCUGCAGAGGCUGUGCAUCUCCCUGUGCAAACCUGGGGUCAAACGGAUUGGGAUAGAUGUUUUCUGUCUCUUCUUACUGCUAAAGGAUGAGAAAACAUAGCCUUAAGGGGUCUGUGCCUUCAAAUUCCCCUUUUCUGGGGAAAAGAACCAAAACCAAGCAUUUAGCAAAAGAUUAGGACUCUACAAAUGGUGCGUACACACUGGCAUAUAUAGAUAUCCUGUAUAUGUACAUCUAUGAAUCCACUGGGAUAUGCUUACAGUCCCUACAGCCAAGGUCCACCCGUGGGCAUGGAUGAUACCUGAGGACUUUCAGGGAUGUGUAGAUAUUAAAUAUCUUGCCUUUACUGCUCCUGCUGUAACACAGUGACCUGCACACCCCUUUUGUGCUGAUGGGACAGGGGAUGUUUGGUUUCAGAAGUGUGCAUUACACCAGGAAGCAGUAACAGCAUUCAGAAGCAACAACUCAGAGGAUAAAAAUUAAAAUUUAAAAUCAUUCUGAAUGGGGCAGAGGAAUCAAAUGUCAAACUGUUUCUAGAGUCAAGCAGAACAUUAUUGGGUAGAUUUAAAAUGCCUCAGAAAAGAGCAUUUUGGUAGGCUGGUAAGGCAGUCCCAGGAGCCAGAACAGGCUGUUCAAAUGGAAACAACAGUAAGCAACAUUUUUUUUUACACAAUCUGUUUGAGCUCCAGCUCACUCCCUCCCAUCCCCAAAGUAAAGAUUAUGUUUUUGCCAGAAUAGAGCUCUCCAGUUGCAUUUGACAUCCCCAUACAAGGCUAAUGACUGAGGGAGGGGGUGGCUAAAAAUCUGCUUUUAUGGAUCUUUGUUCAGUUCUUUGUGUUUUUCUUAGCCUGCUUUUUGUGCUGCUGUUGAGCUUCUGUGUGUCUGGAUUUUCCCACUUGCCCUGCUGGUUUCUGAGGCAGAGUGAAAGCAGCAGUGUCUGAGCAGGUCAGUGAGACAGGGCAGGCUCCUGGGAGGUGGCUCCUGUCCCUGUGGCUGUGCAAUACCGGGCACUUGGGAACCAUUUCUGGGGAGAAAAAGGCUCUGAUGGACAAACGCCCUGUGGGACAGGUCUGGAGGCCAGCGUGGUGUGUCCCCAUGGACUCUGGGGUGGUGUCUGUGCAGCACAGGAAGGUCCAAGGGCAGCUCUUGCUGUGCCAGCUGUGGGGUGUCUGCAGAGUUGAGGAAUAUAGGCAUGUGUUCAGUGGGGGAGGAGAAAUGCAACAAGAUAUUCUUUUCUCAAAAAUCACCUUUCUUCCAAACCCUGUCAGGAGAAUUACCCAAGUGGAUUUGUAAAUGGUUACCAGCUUCAAAAUAGGUCAAGGUUUUGCUCAAGAGUUUGAAGCUGUCAUGUACAUUUCCUAUCCUACUAGUUUGUUAUUUUUUUUCUUUGAAAUGACAAAUAAUUUCUCUUCUUGUACUAUUGUUUGAUUUCAGUUUGCUCUCAGGCUUGUCAUGAGCUGGUGACCCACAGCAAUUUUCAGAGUUAGUGCUGAUGAGUAUCAGCAGCAUUGAUGGUGAGGUGGAUGCUUGGGCUGGGCUGUCUUGGUGCAGGAACCCUGCUUGUUUGGAAGCUCUCUACACUAUUAAAACUCAAAAGAAAAAGAGAAAAAAAAUAGAAAGGAAAAAGGGUUGAGAUUUAUUUUUAUUUUGGUUUUUUUUUUUAACUCUUAUUUGGUGCUUGUUCUUAAUUGCAAGCAGGGCUUGCAAAAAUAUUUAUCUUUCAUUUUAUCUGAAAGAGUUUUUUUUAAAAGUUUACUUGGUUUUAUUUUUUUAUUUCUUUUUGCUUUUGUUUGGGGAAUAGUUUGAGGGUUUUUUUCUCUUUCCCCCCCUUUUUUUUUUUUUGUUUGUUUAUCUGUUCUGUUUUCUUACCAAAAGAUUGGUAAACCAAACAUUCUCAUCUCCCUGUUUCCUACAAACCAUGGGGCUGGGCAGUGCUGCAUUGCAGCUCAUUCCAUGCCCAAAAUCACACAAUUUUCAGCUGAGAGCUUUCUUCAAGGCAGAGCAUCUUCAGGCCAAAAAAAGUCUGGAAGAAGACAACAAUGACUUCAGACGAGGCUACUCCUGUCAGUCAGUUUCCAUGUUGAAACGUUUUGGUUAGGUUUUCUCAUUCCCUUUGGAGGCAAAGGAAAAAGCAAAGCAUAGAGUGCCUUGCAGUGUAAUUGCUCUCCAGGACCUGAGGGGUGCUGAAGGAGGCACAUGCUGGUGGUGUGGAGUUACCUUUUUCAUAAGAAAACCACCAACUUCACAAAGUAACUUCUGCCCUGCUGUUGAUACAUCUGCAAACACGAAUGGGCUGAGAUGAAAUAUCUGGAAACCAAAGCUCAUAUGCUGUUGUGUGAGCAGAGAUCAGGGCACUGGUACCUCUGAGUUCCCUCAGUCUGGGACAGCCUUUGCCACUAUGAACUUCUCAGUUUAUCCCUCUGUCUUUUCCCCAGUCCCAGCACAUGCUGUAUUCACAGCACAGCAGUGUCCCAUGGCUCUGAGAAGGGCACCAAAAAGCAGAUGAGUGACCCAGGGCAGCAGGGUUGACUCUGCCUGGCUUCACCAUCUCUCCUGACCUGUGCAAAUCAAAAAGAGCAUUCAGUGCCUGAAGUGCCAAUACUAUUGGCUAAGUGAUCUCCCAAGGUCCCUGUGGUUCCUUGACAGAAACCACAGGUGUGAGUCAGAAACACACUGACCAGAAAUCCUGUGUACAAAGCUGUUUGUGUCUUAAAUUCUGGUGGACAGACCUUUGUCCCUGGAGGAUGGCUGUUACUCUAUGAUUCACUUUUUUGGAAUGAAGCCUCUCCUCCCACACUGCUUCCUCCUUCUUUCACCUUUAGGAAGGUAAGGGCUUGUUUUUAUCUCUUUAGCCUUUUAUUUUUCCCAUCUCAGUUUUUCUUUGGAAAGCCUUGGCAUAGAUUCCCAGAGUCAGAUUGCUGCUCUGAUCCCUGAAGGUUGUCUAGCAUUGUCUGCUAGAGUAUUGUCCCAGCUUGACAGCACCUAAACCUUUCCUCUUCCUGGCCUUAAAAUUGCAUUUGCUCCAGUUCCAUGCCUGGCAUCCAUCCUGCAGUUGUUGAAAGCAUGUUAUUUCUACAGCCCAACCUGCUGCCAGUCCCUAGAUCCCAUUUGGAGCACCCAAACCAUCUUGUUUUGCAUGAGGUUCCUGGACUCAGAGUAGGUUCAAAAACAUAUGUUUGAAGCCUGUGUUGUUGGAGGAGAAGAGGAUCCUGUGAGGGCUCUUGGAGCUGUUUGUGCUGAUGUUUUUUGGAGGGCAGAAAUCAGAUUUGGUUUUCUUGGGCUUUUCUCGGCCUGGUCUUUGCCACUGCCCAACAGGAGGGGUUUCAGUGUCCAGGGAAAGUGAGAGUGUGGGCUCAGACAGGUUCAGGAGUGGCCAGCAUUAGCUGGGGGUGCCAGAACACCCAGCAGCAGAGAGUAGCUGUAGCAAAGGGUGGGAGACUCCAUGGGGCUGGGUGAGCUUGGCCUUAGAUUCUUUUAAAUGAUCAUCUCAACACAUAACUUGAUGUCAGUUUGAUGCCAUAAAGCACUUUAAUGGAACUGGUCUUGCCCCCUUUAAUUAUGGUUAUUUGAAGACAAUCAGUUUUGCCAUUGCUUCCUCCUCUGUAUCCCCAGCAAAAUCAGAGCUUCAAGUAGGCGUGUUCCUGGUUUGGUUUGGCUUUUCCCCCAGAGGGGAGGAAGGGCCAAGCUUUUUGUAUUAUUUUUAGACCAAAGUGGGUGUGAACUGUCUAAUCUACAGUCCCACUGCAGAUAGGUUAAGUGGCAGGACAAGAGAACUGGCUUCUGUUGGCUCAGGUACAUCCCCCAGGAGAGCUUCACCAUCACCUUCCUCAGGGCAGGUAGGGAAGCAGCCCCCACAGUGGUUUUCCCUCCAUCUCCUUUUCCUUGGAGAAACUCAGAGUGAAGGAGAUGUGAGGGGAUGCAUCCAAAUAAGUGAGGCCCUUUCCAUGCACCAAGGUGUUUACUGUCCACUGUUCACCUCCCUGGGACAGGAGCUGCCAUCCCCACUGAGGGUGGACUCUUCCUUCCCUCUGGAGGUGUGGCAGCACAGUGAUGCCAUCCGUUUGUGUGGGUUUGCAUCCAGAGUCCAAUCACCUCUGCACCUUCCCUUGAGUCACUAGGAGACAUCACAGCUGUUGCUGAAACACCCAAUUCCAGUCCUUCCACAUGCCACCUAGUCAGAAGAGGUUCUUCAGGUGCCAAAUCCCAAGGAAGCUGUCUAGGAUAUCUAUGGCAUGGAGCAAGGGAGGACUGGGCAGGGGACACAGGAGAGUAUCUGCUAAAAUCCCACCAAACAUUCCUUGUUAACCAGAACUCUGGAAAUUAUUGUGCCUGCUGGCCAGGUUUGGGAAUUUAUCAUGAUUUAGGGCACCCCUUUAAAUAAAAAACCUCCCCUGCUGCUCAUAACUCUUGCCUCAUUUGUCAGAAGGGGCAGCAAUCCACAAUUCUUCAUUGGUGAUACAGCUAAUUUUUAAAUAUAGGCGAGCUGAACUGGCCAAAUCUCCUACACCUUGUGCUCUUCAGUCAUGCGAAGUGUAACACCACCUCCCUUCACACCUGCAUUUCCAGGGCUCUGUGCCCUUUCCUUCCACAUGCAUUUCACUGACACUGAUGCUUUGCCCAAAUAUAGUUCAGCUUCCAUUGCUAGGGGGGAGGGGGGAACAGGAUAACACUCACUGCUUUGCAUACAGCUAUGAGCUUUGUAUGUAUUUAAGCUGUCUAUAGGUAUCCAUCCUUUCCAUGCUGUAAAGUAAUGCUACUAUUUUCUUUAUCAAUAUUAAACACUGCCUCAAGAAAAAAAUGAAAUAAAAAUCUCUGUCCAGUUCAGUUCGCCUAUGGUUAAAGUUUAGCCUGGUGUUUAUUUUGUACUAAUAUGGAAUGCACUUGAGUAAUUCCCAGAACAUUGAGGUGUAUUGUAAUAACCUGAUAUACCUCUGUUUUUGGUUUGUUUCUUAUUAAAAAAAAAGGAAAAAAAAAAAGCUUUGCGUUUUCAUGUUGAACCUGUAAAGAAAAAAAGUUGGGAAAAAAGGAUUUUUAAACAAGAGGGUGAAACCUAAUUGCUGUAUGUUAAUUUGUAAUUAUGUAAAAAGUGAGCAGAUUGUUGACUGUAAAAUUCUUCAGUUUUUCUGUAACUUGCCAGAACCAACAAAGUUUUGUAACAAGCUUUUAUUUAUCUUCCUUUUUAGUUAUCAGUAUCAACCUCUUGUAAAGUCAUUCUUCCUCUAAAUAAAUUUGAUUUUAAGUCAUGA